AUGAUGUGUUGUUUAGUCCGAAUCGUCCGUGACAUGACCGACUUAUCUUCAAAGAUUUACUGUGUAAUUGUCUUCUUUUCAUUGUGCAAGACGAAUACGUACUCUUUCGUCUCACAUAUGUGCACCGCAAGUAUGCGGAUUUCUACAGAUACGGAAUAUUCAUCGACGCCGACUCUCUCGGAGGAAUCAAUGUCGAUUCUUGAGGAGAUGAAGAAUCGUCUGUCCAGUUUCGAACGCAGAUUGCGAGCCGUCGAGCAUCCCGUUUGGCGGAUUAGCCUGAAAGAGGAGGACUGGGAGAUUUGUGCUAAAGGACCGUGCAAAUGCGUACCGGAAAUGAAAUCGGUGUCCUGUUGGAGAUACAAUUUUCUGGAUCUACCUCCGACGCAAUUGGUCCCUGCCGAUGUGUUAAGGCUGGACCUUGGAAGUAAUCGGCUCAGCGCUCUGCACAGAGACACAUUUAAGAAUAUGACGCAGUUGCACCAUCUAGAUCUAAGCAGUAAUUUAAUAGAGCAUUUGGCACCGAGCCUGCUUCUGCCUUUGCAUGGUAUCGCAAAUGUCAGAUUGAGUAAUAACCUCUUGAAGGAAAUGCAACGCAAUCAAUUCUAUGGACUAAGAAAUCUCCGAAUUCUUGAUUUGUCGUCAAAUAAACUUCGUACUUUGCCAGAAAAUCUUUUUUUGAGCAAUGAUCACUUGGUUUUGCUGGAUCUCUCUUCCAAUCGCAUUUCGUUAUUACCUCCCGGUGCAUUUUACGGCCUUGGAAAUCUUGACGAAUUAUUGCUGGGUGGAAACCGAUUAGUUGGAUUACCUGUUUCAAUUUUUCGAGACACUAUUAAUCUCAAACACCUUGCACUUGAGGAAAAUCGUUUAAAAGAGCUGCCUAACAGUAUAUUCAAAGAUUUGGCGUCUCUCAAAGAAUUGAAUAUGCGGAACAAUCGACUAACGGAAUUGUCCAAGGGAUUAUUAUUAACUCUGGCACAAUUAGAAAUUCUAGAAAUAUCAAGCAAUAGAAUAUCUCAUAUUGAUGCAAAAGCAUUACACGGUAUGUCAGCGCUUCGAGAACUUCGAAUAGGACAUAAUCAUAUAAAAUAUUUGCCACCUGGAUUAUUUAAUAAUUCUAUGUCUUUGGAACGUCUUAUUCUCUAUGGCAAUCGCAUAGAAAUUUUAGUAAGAGGUGUUUUUCGCGGUCUGUUCAAUCUUACUUCUCUUUUUUUGCAAUCCAAUCGACUAAGGAUACUACAAUCAGGAGUUUUUGAUGACACGCCAAAUUUACGGAAACUACAACUGGAAUCAAAUGACCUCUCCUUCUUGCCAGCCGGUAGUAUGGACGCUAUAUUCACAAUUCAGCAAGUACGUUUGAGUCAGAAUCCUUGGCAUUGCGAUUGUCGUGCCUCUUAUGUUGCUUCUUGGCUGCGCAAAAGAUUCGCCAGUUUUGCGAAUCUGACCAAUCCGUUGCAGAUACAACGGGUUUUAAUUAUGACAGACAAUUGGAGUAUCUGGGAAUUUGGAGCUGGUGCAACAUGCAGAGGGCCAGGUAUACUAGGCGGCCAGUCACUGUUGCGUUUGACUUUUCAUGAACUUUGCGAAGGUCAGUGGGCCUCCAUGAAAGGUGUGAAAGACGUGCGAAGCUCAAACCUCUAA